AUGACUGAAAUACCACUUCACAGCCAGACCCACACCGAUGGCGUCCAGCGACUGGCCGAUCGCUUGGAGAAGCCUCUCCUCGACAAUCGAUCAUAUCGAGUAGUGAAGCUCAGCAAUGAGCUCGAAGCACUACUUAUUCAUGACCCUGAUACGGACAAGGCCUCGGCCGCUAUGGAUGUCAAUGUUGGCAGCUUCAGCGAUUCGGAUGAUCUACCUGGCAUGGCGCAUGCUGUAGAGCAUCUGCUGUUCAUGGGGACUGAGAAGUAUCCAGGCGAGAACGACUACAAUCAAUACCUGACCAAGUUCGGCGGCAACAGCAAUGCCUACACAGCCGCCACGUCCACCAACUACUACUUCGAGCUAUCCGCCUCAGCCAAAUCAAACAGCCCCGGAUCGUCCGUCAACACAAGCAAAGAGAGCCUACCUGUGUCGAUAGCCAAUGGCCAGGCACCACUAUACGGCGCACUAGAUCGCUUCGCGCAGUUCUUUGUCAAGCCUCUGUUCCUUGAGGAUACGUUGGAUCGCGAAUUGAAGGCAGUAGACAGCGAGAACAAGAAAAACCUGCAGAGUGAUGCUUGGCGGGAAAUGCAGUUGCACAAGAGCUUGUCUAGCAAGGAGCAUCCUUUCCACAAAUUCUCGACUGGCAACUACGAGGUUCUACACGACGAUCCAAUAGCAAGAGGAGUAAAGAUACGAGAUGCCUUCAUGGGGUUCUACGAAAAGCACUACUCGGCGAACAGGAUGAAGUUGGCUGUACUUGGCAAGGAGUCUUUGGAUGAGCUGCAGAGCUGGACAGUCGAAUUCUUCAGCGAUGUGCCCAAUCAGUCUUUGGAGAAGCUGAGAUGGGAUGACCUUCCGCUGUACGGUGACGAAGAGGUUGGCACACAGAUCAUGGCCAAGCCGGUAAUGGAGCGGAGAAAGUUGGACAUGUUCUUCACAUAUCCGGAUGAGGAGGAGCUAUAUGAUUCGCAGCCUAGCCGGUAUCUCAGCCACCUGCUGGGUCACGAAGGUCCUGGCAGUAUACUUGCAUACUUGAAGGCUAAGGGCUGGUGCAAUGGACUUGGUGCUGGUGCGCAACCUGUAUGUCCUGGCUCAUCAUUCUUCGCCCUGGGUCUGCAGCUCACGGAAGAGGGACUAAAGAAUUACAAGGAGGUCAUCACAAUCAUAUUCAAUUACAUUGCUAUGCUGAAAGAGCACCCACCACAUAAAUGGAUGUUUGAGGAAAUGAGCAAGCUACAAGAAGUCGACUUCAGGUUCCGUGAGAAGAUACCCGCGAGUCGAACGACGAGCAUGCUAUCACAGACAAUGCAGAAACCUUUGCCGAGAGACAAACUGCUGAGCGGACACAAUCUACUGCGGACAUUCAACCCCGAAGGGAUCAAACUUGGGUUGGCACAUCUCAAUCCGGACAACUUUCGCUUCGUGCUGAUCAGCAAGGAUCUGGAGACCGAUCGCAAGGAGAAGUGGUAUGGCACCGACUACAAAUGCGAAAAGAUUUCACCAGACUUCAUGCAGUCGCUGAAGAAGGCUGCCAAAGCUACAGCUAGUCAGAGACCUGCUGAGCUAUUCUUGCCAGGUAAGAAUGAGUUCGUCCCACAACGGCUGGAUGUUGAAAAGAAGGAAGUCUCCACGCCUGCUGUCACGCCUACAUUGAUACGCAGUACGAAUAGUGUUCGAACGUGGUUUAAGAAGGAUGACCAGUUCUGGGUGCCGAAGGCCAAUCUUAAUGUGCACCUUCGCACGCCGUUGCUGAAUAUCACACCUUUGACUGCGGUUACUGGACACUUGUACAAGGAGCUUGUGGAGGAUGCACUGAACGAGUAUGCCUACGAUGCCGAGCUUGCUGGUUUGGAUUAUAACAUAAGCCCGCACUCGCAGGGAUUUGACGUCUCGGUGUCUGGCUAUAAUGACAAGAUGCAUGUGCUGCUCGAGAAAGUAUUGCUUACCAUGCGCGAUCUGGAUGUCAAGCAAGAGCGUUUCGAUGUGCUCAAGGAGCGACUGGGUCGUGCGUACCGCAACAUCCAGUAUGCGGACCCCUUCAGGCAGAUAUCGACAUACAGCAGAUGGCUCGUGUCUGACAAGACAUGGCUAUCGGAGCAGUAUGAAGAGGAGCUGGCGAACGUUACAGUAGAAGACGUUCGAGCCUUCUACCCACAACUGCUACGCCAAAUGUUCGUCGAGAUCCUGGUCCAUGGCAAUCUAUACAAGGAAGACGCACUACGUAUAACAGACCUUGUGCUGAACACCCUGAAGCCACUGCCUCUAUCUCCAACCCAAUGGCAGACCAAGCGCAUGCUAGUACCUCCACCAGGCACCGACAUCGUCUAUCCACGAACCCUAGUCAACCCAGACAACGUCAACCAUUGCAUAGACUACAUCCUCCUCAUCGGCGCCAACAUCGACUAUACCACUCGUGCCAAGCUCCUUCUCCUUGCUCAGAUGACGAAAGAGCCCAUUUUCGACACUCUCCGCACUAAAGAACAACUCGGGUACGUCGUAGCCAGCAGCAGUAAUUUCCACUCAACCUUGGCCAGCUUCCGGAUUCUGAUACAGAGUGAGCGGGACUGUGAUUACCUGGAAGGCAGGAUUGAGACGUUCUUGACAGGCUACGCUAACACGUUGAGGGAGAUGCCGCAUGAGGAAUUCGAGGCACAGCGGGUGGGGUUGAUCAAUAAGAGGUUGGAGACUUUGAAGAAUCUGAACCAGGAAACUGGACGGUUAUGGCGUCAUGUUACCUCGGAGGUCUAUGACUUUGAACUGAUCUACACCGAUGUCCAACAUAUCGAGCCACUGACAAAGGACGACAUGCUGGAGUUCUUCACCACUUACUUCCAUCCCUCAUCCGCAACCCGAUCAAAAGCUGCAGUGCACAUGCUAGCACAAGCCAAGGCAGAAGAUGUGGCGAAGAACAUCGACCCAGUUGAAUCACGCACCAAACUCGCGGCAGCACUUUCGCAGGUCCUCCAACAGCUGAAUAUCACCGCCGACCCUUCUGCAUUGUCCCAAAAUCUUGAGAAGGUCGACGUUGCAGGUGGCGACACCGCUGCCAUUACCACAGCAUUGACAUCUUAUCUCAAAGAAAGCGGUACAGCAAGCGAAGAGCAACUCACUGGUCUCAACACCCAUGCUCCAACUGUGCUGGCGCAAAUACUGCCUCAGCUUGGUAUCAAGGCGAAGGGCACUGGGCCUGACGAUGGUGUGGUGGAAGACUUGAAGGUGGUGAAGAAGAACAAGACUGUUGUGAUUGAGGAUGUCAAGGCGUGGAAGGCUAGUUUGCCGCUUUCUGCUGGGCCUGUGGCUGUCAAUGAAUUGAGUGCUUUCGAGGAGGUUGAGGCGAAGCUGUGA